AUGUUUCGACUUCUACUCGUCAGCCAACUGGUGGCCAUUUCGGUCACUAAGUGCCCCCCUCGCCCACUUUGCCCAUCGGGAUGGUCCUAUUCGGCCGAAGUGAAUAGUUGCUUUAAGAUCGUUUCCAAAGAUGGAGGCAUCGAUUCGGACUCGGCGACAGCUCUGUGCAAAGAGGCUGGCGGACAGUUGGCAUCGAUUCAUUCGGCUGAGGAGAACAACGUGAUCAUCGACUUGGCAAACACGGGACGGAACGUCACCACCGGAUAUCACACACUUGUCGGGGGAGUCAGAAAGGCGGGCGCCAGCCUGAAGGAGUUCACGUGGACCGACGGGAGUCCGUACGAUUUCCAGUUCUGGCACUCGCCCCAGCAGCCCGACAAUCGAGCCGGCAUUCAGAAUUGUCUUCAGAUCUACACCUCGAAUCAAGCCGCUUACCCAAGUGCCUUCACAAGAUGGGAUGACGCCGAGUGCAAUGCGAAGUUCAUCAACGCUGUCUGCAAGAUCUCCCUGGGUCAGGCCCCUUGCCCAGUUGGAUGGACCUAUCAACAGGCUUUCAAGAGCUGCUACAAAUCUAUCGACAGCGUGACUUUCGUCGAGGCCAAUGCCCAGUGCAAAGGGAUGGGCUCACAGCUGGCGUCGGUGCAUUCGAACGAGGAGAAUGCCUUUAUCAUCGAAUUCACAAAGCUUGGAAGAAACAUUAGCGACUACGAGGCUCAACCGUUGCUCGGUGGCAUGAGGACAGGCACUGGUGCUAAAGAUUGGACUUGGACAGACGGGACCCCGUUCGAUUAUCUCAAUUGGGUCGACGGGGAGCCGAAUAAUGCCGGAGGAAAGGAGUCUUGUUUGCAGGUGUACACGGAUCGAUGGGGCCUCGGCCCAUUCCGAGCCGCCCCACCCGGGGCGCUUAAUUACCUAAACAGAUGGAAUGAUUACCCGUGUGACGUCAAAUAUCGGAUUGCCCUCUGUAAACAACCGGCUAAA